UCUUAUGAAAAGGAAAAUCAACACCAUACCUCAACAUAGUACCUAUAUUUAUCUCAAACCGUUAUAACACAGGCGUACGCCAAGUCAACUGGUUGAGUCCUGGACAAGCCGUCGUGUUAUUUUGCACUAAUUCUUGUUUAAAAUUUUUAUUCAAACAAAUACAAAUAAAAGUGCAUCCAUACGUAUUUAUUACAUUGGAACGCAGUAAAACGUAUUCAACUAUUGCUUCAAAUAUGUCUCAAACGCGUGAGUUCACAGUGAAACCCCUACUUAUGGAGGAUCGUGAUGAGGUCUUGAAACUACUGAAAAGAACAUUUUUCAUCGAUGAACCAUUGAACAAGAAGAUCCAGCUAUGCCCGAACGGAGAGUGCGCCGAGCUGGAGGAGUUCUGUAUGUCACCACUACACGAGGGAUUGUCAUUCAAAGCAGUUGACAGCAAGGGGAAAAUCGUCGGAGUCCUAAUAAAUGAGACGUGUCCACUUACUGAUAAAAUCGGCGUCGCAUUAUACGAGAAGGCAGAAGCAAGCAAAGAUUCUAAAUUCAAGAAGAUACUACAUAUACUAGCGAAACGAGAAGAAGGCUCACGACUCUGGGAGAAGUUUCCAAAUGACGACAAAUUAGUGGAAGUUAAAGUCGCGGCUACAGAUCCCGACUGGAGAAAUAAAGGAAUCUUAGUCGCCUUGGUCGAAGAAACUGAGAAGUUACUACGACAACGUGGGGUGAGACUUGCCCGCUUGGACUCAUCUAGUGAGUUCUCAGCGAGGGCGGCUGAGAGACAUAACUUUACCUGUUACUACAAAGCGCGGUAUACAGACAUCAAGAUGGCCGGCGAACCUCUCAUAGUACCCGACCCACCGCACGUUUACGAUCGCGUCUUUGUUAAGGAGUUAUUCUAGAUUUAGUCAGUCCUACCAAAUCCUUGUUAAUUCAUAACAACCCAACAUGUAAAAAAUGUCAUGGACAUAUCGGAUUUUGUUACUCUAUAUGGCAGUGACGUGAUUUUCAAGCUAUUUGAGCCUCUAUCAGCCAAUGGUGGGACAGGUCCUUAUUCUUUUUAUAACAAAUAGUAUAAUAAGCCCGAUUUUUUCUAUAACAUUAAGGAACUAUUUAAUAAAUUAAAUAAAAUUGUCCGAGAUCUAUUGCAGGGUCUAUCACGAAUGUUUACGUCAAUUCUCGAACGUAUUCGUAACGAUUCAUUUGUUUUCCACUUGUACAAAAACAUUGUUAUCCUUUUAAUUGUACUCAAAAAACCGAAAUAACAAUAAUGAAUUUUAUAACUGGUUUAUGAAUUCGGUUCCACACACCUUCGGGCGAAAAUUAUUUAUUUUUCAUAAAUUAUGUUACUAACAUUUACUAAAAAAAAUAUAUUGUA